AUGUCGCGCUUCGAAUGGGCUGCCUCACAAUCGGCAGCCAGCAAUGGCAUGAUUAGCACAGUGUAUCAGCUAAAGUGGUCCUCUCACGACGUGGCGCCAGCACCUGCGGAUACUCCUGCUCCUGCUGCUCAACCUUCUACACGCUCCAAAUUUGAGCUCAUGGCAGCAGAUGCAACUCUCGACUCGCCCUCGCCGCACUUGCUCUUUCAAAGCCGGAAUCUUGAGAAGAACAUGCGCGAAGAGUUGUCAUCGGCAAGUUCCUACACGGCCGCAUUGCAAGUCCGAUGUACCAAUGCUUUUCGCGCUUCGUAUGUGCUUCGCUCACAAAUGAGCACAAACAAAAGCAAUGAUCUCGUGCGAAUUUAUUUCAGCCCUCCGUCGUGAGGCAUCAAAUCUGGUACGCUGGGCUGGUCAGCGCAUCGAGUCUUGUAUUGAUGCAGAAAAUGGCAGUCUGGAGGUCAGACUUGAUGCGAUCCGGUUCGAUCGUAUCGAUGGCCGCAGCUGGAACAGGGAGGCCUCCCUCUGCUCUGAAGUCCUGUCUCCAACGCUGAUGAUGGUGUCAGAGCUGUGCAAUGCCAUCCUCGCCAAGCAGCGAGCCCAUGCGUCGGAAUCCACCGAGUGGCUGAUGACCAAGCAUGUGGAAUGGUUAGGCGAAGGCAACCGCCCGUCGGUCUUGAGGAGGCUGUUCAGAAUUCGCGCUUCCCUCUCUCCAAGUGGGACUUUGCUCUCUUCGAUUACCGGACUCGCGGAGCGCAAGGGCAAGGUGAGUCGUCGCUCUCUGCUCUUCAUAUGCUGGCUGACUGGCUGGCUGCAUAUCGCUGACUUGACAGCUGACAUGCUCUUGCUCAUCAGACGCGCGCAUCCUUGCGAUCAUCGAGGCCAAGCCAUGGAUCUCGCCUAGCGUCAUGUCGAGUCUGUUGGAACUCGCUGACCUUCACCCCCUCCCUGAGGUUGACCUCGAGGCAACAGGUUCGCGGGUCGAACAUCACAAGAGUCUGCUCGCCCAAGUCGCCAAUUACUGCUUUCGCGCCGGAGCAAGGACAGGGGCAGUACUCACCGGAUCAAUGCUCCUCGUGAUCGACAUGGACGGCGAGCCCGGCAACUUGAAGAUCACGCUCAGGAGCCCGGUUGCUAUCAACUCGAGCAUACGUGGACUGGACCCAGACGCAGCCUUUGGCGAGGACCAUUUUGAUGCAAGCUACUCGAUACUCUCGCAGCUGGUAGCUUUCACCUUUCACGCCAUGUCGCGCAUCGAGCGUCUGGGCGAGAUCGAGCCAUCCGAAACGACGUACACGACCAUUGGUCUUCGAGCACCAGACUCCGGCCGAAGUUCGCAUUCCAAGAGGAUCACCCGGUCGAUGACGGCCUCGGGCUCAAGACGCGAGUCCCAGAGCACUUUCAGUACAUUACGAGCUCAGGGGGAUUAUGGAUCUCUGACAACCCACUCGAGCUACGUCAAAGUGUGCGACAGGCCGCUCUCUGCCGGCUCUGUUGCAACGAUGCACAAAGCCCGCUUUGAGGAAGGCACGUCCUCGCUACUUCUUCUGGCCAAGAUGUACCAUUCAUCUGACAAAGAUGAAGAAGGCCUGGGUGAGGAAGAUCUGCAAUCGGUUGCUCUGCACGAGGCGCACAUCUACUCCACACUUUCAGCUCUGCAAGGCUGCCAAAUCCCUCGGCUUGUUAGCGCGCUUUCGGUAGCAUCAAGGAGGAGGAAGGCAUCUGGUUGGAUGGCUCAUGGGCGAGAGGAUAGUGACGAGCUCAUGGAUGGCGUGAAGACGCGGCCUCAAGCAACCUCAUUCCUUGAUUCCCCUCACUUGAUGGCAUCCCCUGGCUCUCAAAGCUGCAGUACCGCCGAUCCUCCCCAACAGAUCCGAGGGCUGCUGCUUACAAAUGCCGGCAAGGCUCUGUCCGACCUGGCUCUUGUCGACCUGUUUGAGAUGCUGCCAGCUUGCAACGCACAGAAGGCUUCACCGCUUGCGCAAGCUGAAGUGCCUCGUAUAGUGCGAGCGGCGUUCUUGGACUCGGUCGAGAAGAUCCACCAAUGCGGUGUCAUUCACCGAGACAUCCGACCGUCCAACAUGUGUUUGCAAGCCAGUCAAGGCGGCCUGCAAGCAUCGUUCAUAGAUUUCCAUCUUGCAGAGCAUAAAGACUCUCUCAGACGUCCCGAGCAGGCGUUCGAUGCGGAAUCUAAAGAGGUGGCAGCGGAGGUGGAAGCGGUGCUUGGCAAGCUCUUCAGUCAAGCGCACAAGACUCAUCCAUGA